AUGUUGCCAACCCUGCUUGAAGCAAAGUCUACCAACGCAACCAACAUCUUGCUCUCCGUGUGCCCAUCUUCCUGCGUUGCAUUCAAAUAGUAAGUGGUGGACGGCGCGAUGGAUGGAUCAUGCAUCGAAGAAAGCACAGAUCGACAAAGAUACGGUCACUCUUUGGAAUUCUCACUGUUUGUGAUAAAUCCCUCGAAAAAAUGCCACUGUACUACGACUUGAAGCUACUACUCGCUCUGCUUCUGUUUGUUGAGCCUUGCAGAUUGGUUGAUAGAAUCAAAGAUUUGCUUCAGACAAAGAAUAAGCAAGAAAGUAGAAUUUUCAACGAGAAAGAAAUGGGUACGUUCAGGAAGAGCACUGGCUCUCCAAGACCUGAGAGGCCGUGAGUGUGUCCAAUUGCACGAAUUUUUUCCUAAUUUCCAAUAG